CGCCUUUAAGCCGCCGCUGCAUAGAGGGCUGGGCACAUGUGCGCCUGCAUCUCGCUCUCCAUCACGCACACAAGCCCUACGACAAACACGCUCAUUCAUUCACUCCAAGCACACAGGGCGAAGCCAGCCUCCGCCGCAGGGCCUCGCCCCAAAGAAAGGGAAAAUUUAGCAAACUGCCAUAAUAAUAACUGAAUACCAACGUUCUAAAGACCUGGGCCCACACCACCAAACAGCAGCAGAACACACUGUACUUGGUAUGCACAUCUCAGAUAUAUAUAGUUCAAACAUUUAGAACCAGAAAUCUUCUUUCUUCUGAACACUCUGUAUGAAGGACUAAUCUGACAUCCUCUUCAGUCUAACUGUUCAGUGAAUUACCAACAUUUUUGGUUUAGCCAAAGGAAAGCUUUCUUUGAGGCCUGUCAGCUUGCCUGAACUGAACCUGACCCACUUACAGCUUUUCCUUAUUGCAAAUGCCUAAGAACAGCAAGGUGGUAAAAAGAGAAAUAGAUGAUGAAGUCAUUGAGUCAGUUAAGGAUCUUCUCUCUAAUGAAGACUCUGCAGAUGAUGCCUUUAAGAAGAGUGAACUGCUGGUUGAUGAUCAAGAAAAUAAAGAUGUAGAUGUUGAAGAGGGGUCAGACAUAGAAGAUGAAAGACCAGCUUGGAACAGCAAACUUCAGUAUAUUCUGGCACAAGUUGGAUUUUCUGUAGGGUUGGGAAAUGUGUGGCGAUUCCCAUACCUGUGUCAGAAAAAUGGUGGAGGUGCAUAUCUUGUGCCAUACUUAAUUUUGCUGAUGAUAAUAGGGAUUCCACUUUUUUUCCUGGAGCUUUCUGUGGGCCAGAGAAUCCGACGAGGAAGCAUUGGCGUAUGGAAUUACAUCAGCCCCACGCUCGGUGGAAUUGGAUUUGCAAGCUGUGUGGUAUGUUUCUUUGUGGCCCUCUACUACAAUGUCAUAAUUGGAUGGAGUUUGUUUUACUUUUCUCAGUCGUUUCAGCACCCCUUGCCAUGGGAUCAGUGUCCUUUGGUGAAAAAUACUUCUCAUACCUUUGUGGAGCCUGAGUGUGAAAAAAGCUCUGCUACCACCUAUUACUGGUACAGAGAAGCACUGAACAUUUCCAACUCUCUCUCAGAGAGUGGGGGUCUGAACUGGAAAAUGACUCUGUGCUUGCUGGCUGCCUGGGUUCUGGUUUGCCUGGCAAUGAUCAAAGGCAUUCAGUCUUCAGGCAAAAUCAUGUAUUUUAGUUCCCUUUUCCCUUAUGUGGUACUUAUAUGCUUUCUAGUCAGAGGACUGCUCUUAAAUGGUUCCAUGGAUGGAAUUCGUCACAUGUUUACACCUAAGCUUGAAAUAAUGCUGGAGCCCAAGGUCUGGAGAGAAGCUGCUACUCAGGUGUUCUUUGCCUUAGGGCUUGGAUUUGGUGGAGUCAUUGCCUUUUCAAGCUACAACAAGAGAGACAACAACUGCCAUUUCGAUGCUGUUCUGGUGUCCUUCAUCAAUUUUUUCACUUCUGUGCUGGCAACUUUGGUGGUGUUUGCUGUUCUGGGCUUCAAAGCAAAUAUCAUAAAUGAGAAAUGCAUUACCCAAAAUUCAGAAAAGAUUUUAAAACUUUUGAAAAUAGGCAAUCUGAGCCAGGAUAUGAUCCCCCAUCAUAUCAAUUUCUCUAGCAUUACAGCAGAUGAUUACAAUUUAGUUUAUGACAUCAUUCAGAAAGUUAAAGAAGAAGAAUUUUCUGCUCUUGACCUGAAAUCCUGUCUGAUUGAAGAUGAACUUAAUAAGGCUGUUCAAGGCACCGGUUUAGCUUUUAUUGCCUUUACAGAAGCAAUGACCCACUUCCCUGCUUCUCCUUUCUGGUCAGUGAUGUUCUUCCUCAUGCUGGUAAAUUUGGGACUUGGCAGUAUGUUUGGAACCAUUGAAGGAAUCAUCACACCUAUUGUUGAUACUUUCAAAGUGAGGAAAGAAAUUCUUACUGUCAUCUGCUGUCUGGUAGCAUUUUCAAUUGGCCUGAUCUUUGUGCAGCGCUCUGGAAAUUAUUUUGUCACAAUGUUUGAUGAUUACUCUGCUACUCUGCCUCUGCUUAUCGUGGUCAUUUUGGAGAAUAUUGCCAUUUCUCAAGUUUAUGGGAUAGACAAAUUUAUGGAGGACCUAAAGGAUAUGCUUGGUUUUUCUCCAAACCAAUAUUAUUACUACAUGUGGAAGUACAUUUCUCCUGUAGUGUUGUUAUUUUUGCUGGUAGGUAGUAUUGUCCAAAUGGGAUUAAGUCCUCCUGGUUACAAUGCAUGGAUUGAAGAAAAGGCUACUGAGGAGUUCCUGAGCUAUCCACCAUGGGGAAUGAUUAUCUGUAUAUCUCUGAUGAUAUUGGCCAUACUUCCUGUCCCUAUUGUCUUCAUAGUCCGCCGCUGCAACCUUAUUGAUGAUAGCUCUGGUAGUUUGGCUGCUGUAUCCUACAAAAGAGGACGGAUAAUAAAGGAGCCUGUUAAUCUAGAGGGAGAUGAUGCAAGUCUGAUUCAUGGGAAGAUUCCAAGUGAGCUGCCAUCUCCAAAUUUUGGUAAAAACAUAUACCGGAAACAGACUGGAUCCCCAACUCUGGAUACUGCUCCCAAUGGACGCUAUGGUAUUGGCUAUCUAAUGGCAGAUAUGCCAGAUAUGCCCGAGUCUGACUUGUAGCUAGAGAACAAAAUUACUUUUUUUGUUGUUUAUACUGUAUCACUGAACAUUAGCUCUCUAAGAGAAGUUGUCCGCUUCACUUACUAGAAUGUGAUCUCAGGUGCCCCCUAGCUACAGUCUUUAAAAUAUCAUGACGGUACAUAUAGUGUAAAAAUUCCCUUUGGAUUGAUCUUCUGGUUUUAUAUUGCAUUAGAACAUAAGAAAAGUCAUAUUGGGUCAGACCAAAAGCCCAUCCAGCCCACUAUCAUGUCCUCUGACAGUGACCAUUUCCAGGUGCUUCAGAGGGAAUGAACAGAACAGGCAAUCAUCAAGCGAUCCAUCCCCAGUUACCCAACCCCAGCCUCCGGCAAACAGCUGCCAGGGACACCAUCUCUGCCUAUCCUGGCUAAUAGCCAUUGAUGGACCUAUCCUCCAUGAAGUUAUCUAGUUCUUUUUUGAACCCUGUUAUGGUCUUGGCCUUCACAACAUCCUCUGGCAAAGAUUUCCACAGAUUGACUGUGCAUUGUGUGAAGAUAUACUUCCUUUUGUUUCUUUUAAACAUGCUGCCUAUUAAUUUCAUUUGAUGACCCCUAGUUCUUGUGUUAUGGGAAGGAGUAAAUAACACCUCUGUAUUUACUUUCUCCACACCAGUCAUGACUUUAUAGACAUCUAUCAUAUCCCCCCUUAGUCGUCUCUUUUCCAAGAUGAAAAGUCCCAGUCUUAUUAAUCUCACCUCAUAUGGAAGCUGUUCCAUGCCCGUAAUCAUUUUUGUUGCCCUUCUGUGAACCUUUUCCAAAUCCAAUAUAUUGUGUUUUUAGAUGGGGCGACCACAUCUGCAUGCAGUAUUCAAGAUGUGGGCAUACCAUGGAUUUAUAUAGAGUCAAUAUGAUAUUUUCUGUCUUAUUAUCUAUCCCUUUCUUAAUGAUUCCCAGUAUUCUGUUCACUUUUUUGACUGCUGCUGCACAUUGGGUGGAUUUUUCAGAGAACUAUCCGCAGUGACUCCAAGAUCUCUUUCUUGAGCGAUAACAGCUAAUUUAGACCCUAUCAUGUUGUAUGUAUAGCUGGGAUUAUGUUUUCCAAUGUGCAUUGCUUUGCAUUUAUUCUCAUAGAAUUUCAUCUGCCAUUUUGUUGCCCCGUCACCCAGGUUUGUGAGAUCCCUUUUGUAACUCUUUGCAGUCUGCUUUGGACUUGACUAGCUUGAGUGUUGAAGGGAAUACACACCACACAAAAAAAAUCAGUGAUGGCUUAGGUCUGUCAAGAUAGCCAAGAUUUUUUUUUAAAAUUUAAUUUGAAAGCUUUCUGUCUAUAAAGUACAGGUGUUACUUCAGUUUGCAGCAAUUUCUCAAAUUAUGUAAUAUUUCUGACUUGAUUUAACUGAAAAUCCCUUUUUUUGAUGUCAGGGUAACUCCCCAGUAUUAGAAGUGAGCUCCAAAGUAGUUCACCAAACCCGUAUUUCUGCACACAUUUGUAUAUACAUUAUGUAGAUACGCUGUACUUAUUUUGUUAGCACUGAUAAUUACUUAGGCUAUUAGCGGAGUACAAAAUCUUGCAAACUAUUUUCUUAUGUAACAGCUGUAUAGAAAAAUAGUAUUAGUAAACCAAGGAGGAGGCUUCUAAUGGGAAUAUGAGUCCCCAGUUCACUGAGGACUGCUUAAGCUGUGGCUGUAUAUUUUAUGUAAAAUAUUUUCUUUUUCAGUGUGAAAAUGAUGUAAGAGUGAGUCACUCCAAGACUCUUAAUGAUUGUGCAGAUUCUGCAUUUUUUCUAUGCUGUGUGCCUAAAAAACCUUCUUGAUAUUUAUUGUGGUUACAAGAUUACAUAUAUAUUAUAUUUAUAUAAUAUACUUGUAAUGUAAAUAUGUAUAUUAAUACUGUAUGUAAUGGUUUCAAAACUUGAAGCAAGAUGGCUUUUUUAAUUAGUCUCUUUCUGUUUUGCUUCUGGUUUAUGCAAAAAUAAAUCCUUUGUUUUUUUAGUGAAUAAUUGUUAAGAACUGUAUUGCAUUACAUUUUAACCUAUGAAUAAAGAGAGUGAAAAAAGA